CUUAUGUCUUACCAAGGGGCAACUUGGCACUUCCUACUUUCUCUUCCACCUCAUUCAAAUUCAACAUUUUCAUUUUCUCUCCUUCUUCAGCAUCAUUUAGUUGUAUUUUUUCUCUUAAUAAAAAAGUCUUUUGUUAAAUGACUUUUUAAAAUUUUAAAAUUUUUUAAAAAUGGAUCGUUUCGUCGUGCGGCUAAGCGCCACCCCUACUCAGUCAACCUCCACCCCCACUAUUUCUGCCGGGAUAGACACUCCUCCUCCUUCACCCGCCGAACAACCCCCCGAGAAGAAAAAAAAGAGUUCUUUCGAACUCAAGGUCGCACCACCAAAAAGAGAUACUUCAGUCGACUGGAGGAGCAGGGUCACAUUGAGUGAUAAUGAUGUGGUCGGAUUCAUCAACUCGCAGGAAGAAUUUGAAAAUUUGUACAGUGAGGGUCCACCCACCCCAUCCUCGUCUAGUACUUUCCCCAUGCCGAGCAGAAAGACAGAAUCUCCUCUCUUCACAGUACGAAUGGCGAUUUUUAAUUACCUCCAGACGACACAUCCCUUGGUAGAGUUCAACUACUCCACGAUGGAGUCAACCUCCCAAUACAAGGAUCUGAUGACGGUGUGGAGUACACAUUUCAAAAAGUAUGGGAAGAGCGACGCGUGGAAAGCUGCUUGUCCUCCCGGUUUCACCAUCAUUCAUGACAAUCAACAAGUGGGGGUAAAGUUUGAUGGGGGAAGAUUGUUCUACAAAGUCAAGAAGGAGGGGGAGAAAUUUAACUGGAAGGACCUUUCAGGUUCCAAAUGUAAAUCAGAAAAUUGCGGUGAUCAAAAAAUGCUGGAUGUGUUCUGUCGCAAGCAUGCAAUUGUCAAGAGGGAGAUUCUUCUAAUUAGGGACGUAACAAAUUUAGAAAAAGUUAAUAUAGCGAUUGUUUUCCCACCAGUGAGAAAGGGUAAAUUUGAUGAUCUCCAAAUCAAUACCAUUUUGUGGGGACCAGUGUACAAACGGACGAGUAUCCAAAAAUAUGUCACUAACUCCCCAACAGCUUGGUUCGUAAUAGAGAAACGUUUGGAAUAUCUUUCCGAGGAGAGUGUAGCAAUGUUUCAGAGUUUACAAAUUCAAAUGUCUCUGAUGGUGUCACUACACAACUCUGUCACUACAGAACCAGCAGAGCAGAUCCAUUUCAUAAACUGUGACAUCACCACAAAAGCAGGGAACCUGGCUGAGCUCAAGAAAGGCUUGGAGUUAAACAACAUGGGGUUUAAAAUCGGGGAAAACAACAACUCACUUAAUUUCGAACAUUCUCCCCACCUUCCCACCAACUUCAACAACACUUUUCCAUUUGUCUACGUGGGUGACAACCAAGAGGGUGGUUUUCGGUUUGGUGAGGAUCACGCAGUUCUCCGCAAUUCAGUCCUGAAAUCAUCCCGAGGUCAUGCCACACAAAUUACCACGAUGGAGGGAGUUGACCCCAAGAACAUCUAUGACGUGUUUCAAUCCAACCCCACCACAUCCACAAAAGAAGAAAUUUUGAAAAAAUCACUGGAAGUUGAGACCUUGGGUCACCAAAGUGUUCUCGUCGCUCAAAUGAUGGGGAUGAAGUCGGUGCAUGGGAACAAUGUUUACAAUCUCGCCGAGAAGUUCACUCACUUUGAUAAUGGUUGGGACGGUGCUAUUUUUAAUGAUCUUGUUGUGAUGAUGACGGGUAAAGAGAUUAUUGUAAAGAAAGAUAAAUUACAAACUGUUCCGACGAAUGUUAAGUAUAUGGUUCCCAUCUACAAGACUGAGAUGGUUGGGAAGAAAGAGAGACAGGUUUUAGAUGUUGAUAAGAUGAAGAAGGUGGGUGUCCAGAAGAAAGUCUAUGGGAAGGUUGUUAUUACUUGGAUUUAAGAGUACUUGUUUAAAUAUGUGAUGUUGUUUCCGGUUUUUGUUAUAUUAAUAAAUAAAUGAAUUCCUUUUGUUUAAAUUAUA